AUGAAUAAGAACCUCGGCUUUGUGGAGCGCCUGCGGUGGCGCCUCAAAACCAUCGAGCAUAAAGUCCAGCAGUAUCGCCAGUCGACCAAUGAAACAGUAGUCGCCGACACGGAGUACGGCCAAGUGAGGGGUAUCAAGCGUCUAUCUCUCUACGAUGUUCCCUACUUCAGUUUCGAGGGUAUCCCGUACGCCCAGCCUCCGGUGGGGGAGUUGCGGUUCAAGGCCCCUCAAAGGCCCAUUCCCUGGGAGGGAGUUCGGGACUGCAGCCAGCCCAAGGAUAAGGCCGUCCAGGUGCAGUUCGUCUUCGAUAAGGUAGAGGGCUCCGAGGACUGCCUCUAUCUCAAUGUGUACACCAACAACGUGAAGCCCGAUAAGGCUCGCCCGGUUAUGGUUUGGAUUCACGGAGGAGGCUUCAUUAUCGGCGAGGCCAAUCGGGAAUGGUAUGGCCCGGACUACUUUAUGAAAGAAGAUGUUGUUCUCGUCACCAUACAAUAUCGACUUGGUGCUUUGGGAUUUAUGAGUUUUAAGUCCCCCGAGCUAAAUGUACCUGGAAAUGCUGGUCUCAAGGAUCAGGUGUUGGCCCUAAAGUGGAUCAAGAACAAUUGCGCUAGUUUCGGCGGAGAUCCCAACUGCAUCACUGUGUUUGGAGAGAGUGCAGGAGGCGCCUCCACGCACUACAUGAUGAUAACCGAUCAGACCCAAGGGCUCUUUCAUCGUGGCAUCUUGCAGUCGGGCAGUGCCAUUUGUCCUUGGGCCUACAACGGCGACAUCACCCAUAAUGCCUACAGGAUAGCCAAACUGGCUGGCUACAAGGGCGAGGACAACGACAAGGAUGUGCUGAAGUUCUUGCAGAACGUGAAGGCCAAGGAUCUUAUUCGCGUGGAGGAAAAUGUCCUGACAAUGGAGGAACGCAUGGACAAGAUAAUGUUUGCCUUUGGCCCAUCCCUGGAACCAUUCUCCACGCCCGAGUGCGUGAUAUCGAAGCCCCCAAAAGAGAUGAUGAAGACCGCCUGGAGUAACUCCAUCCCCAUGUUAAUAGGAAACACUUCGUACGAGGGACUGCUCUGGGUUCCAGAGGUCAAGAUUAUGCCGCAGGUGGUGCAACAGCUUGAUGCAGGCACACCUUUCAUUCCCAAAGAACUGCUGGCCACGGAGCCCAGUAAAAAAAAGGUGGAUUCGUGGAGUGCAAAGAUUCGAGAUCUUCAUCGCACUGGCGCAGAAAGCACCCCAGAUAAUUACAUGGAUCUCUGUUCGAUUUACUACUUCGUGUUUCCGGCCCUGAGGGUGGUCCAUUCCCGUCACGCGUACGCGGCUGGAACUCCAGUAUACUUCUAUCGAUUUGACUUCGACUCCGAGGAGAUCAUCUUUCCGUACCGCAUUAUGCGAUUCGGACGCGGUGUCAAGGGGGUCAGCCAUGCCGACGAUUUGGUCUACCAAUUCAGCAGCCUGCUGGCUCGUCGGUUGCCGAAGGAAAGUCGCGAGUACAGGAACAUCGAGCGAACCGUGGGCAUCUGGACCCAGUUUGCUGCCACGGGUAAUCCCUACAGCGAGAAGAUCAACGGCAUGGACACUCUGACCAUUGAUCCAGUUCGCAAAUCCGACGAGGUCAUCAAGUGCCUCAACAUCAGUGAUGACCUGAAGUUCAUCGAUCUGCCUGAGUGGCCCAAAUUGAAGGUCUGGGAGAGCCUCUAUGAUGAAAACGAAGAUUUAUUGUUCUAAAUGUAACUUACUGUACUGUACAGCCUAACAAACAAGUCUCUAGAAACUGUAAAUAGGUCGAAAUGCUUUAUAAAAUAUAUUCCACAAUUGGA